AUGGCAUAUCCCCAACAACGAAUGCCUCCUCCGCGAGGCCCACCCCCAGGCUCCCGAUCGCAGGCUCCUGGAGGUUAUGGUCAAGGAGGACCUGGCUACGAUUUUGACGGUUAUGGAGGAGGUGGUUCUGAUUAUGGAAGCGGCGGUCCACGUUCAGGACAACCAAGGUCACGACCACCGCCCCCUCGAGGAGCGUACGGCGGCCCUGGUGGCCCACCACCACCUGGAUCAUCUUCAAGUCGAUCGCGAGGAGGAUAUGGAAGAGCACCUCCUCCAGGCCCGGGACGAGGACCACCACCACCGCGAGGAGCUCCUAUGGCCCGACCACCUCCUCAGCGCAGGCCACCGCCAGGCGAUCCAUACGGAUACCCAGCAAAUGGACCUCUGUCGCAACGGAGAGGCUCAGAUGAGCAAGGACUAGCAACGCAGAUGGGCGAUUUGAGCAUUGCCUCACCUCCGACUCGACCACACACGUCUAACUCUUCUCGCGCACCUAGGGGACCGCCCAACGGUGACCCCUAUUAUCCAGGCGCCGGUCAACCAGACGGCGAUUAUGGAUAUGCACCUCCUCAACGAUCAUAUACAAUGGGAAACGGUCCUCCGCCUAUAAAAAUACCUCAAAGGAGUAUGACGACGCCGAAUACGAGCUCAGCAUAUCCUCCUCCUUUACGAUCACCAAAAUAUCCCGGUCAGAGUACAUAUGAGGACCCAGCCAUGGAAUAUGCAGAACCAGAAGCAGGAACAGGCAUUCUGCUCGCGCCAAAUCCGUCACGAGACGACCUAAAAUCCAAAACUUAUAGCACUUAUGUACAUCAUAAUGUCUUUGCGGAUUAUUUUGCAGAGCAAGAUGAGGAAGAAGGCGGAGGAAAACAACCAGAAACGGUAAAAGAAGAGGAGGAAGAUGAGCUGGAUAUGCCAAAUUUUGAUGCCAUGCCGUCAUCUGAUCCCGUACAUCGCCGCAACGAAAGUUUUGAGAACUCCUUGGGCUUGGAGAAAAAGCCAUAUGCACCUUACAAACCUGCAACGGCACCCGAACAAAAUACGAAUCAGUUUGCAAAUGCCGGUUUUCAAUUUGACUUGCCUGGCGAUCAAUCGGCCAACGGUAUGAAUAAUGGCUAUAAUGGCAGUUUUAACGGAAGUUUUGAAGGCUCGGAAAGAACUCCGUCUAUGGGAUCAUAUGGGGCACAUCCCAUCGGCAGUCCAGAGUCCCAGAAUCCGGAUGCUCUUCCUGCCCAUCCUUUGCCCUAUCGUGCCGGUUUAGAUCAGGUGCCGGGAGGCGCGCCAGCAGGCCCUCCGGCACCAGUCCGACAAUACGGCGGGCCUCGACAAAACAAUGCGGCACAACCAGCGCCGUCUACCGUACCGCCUGCAGUGGGCCCUGACGGUCGACCAGCAUCACCACCCGUCACACAAAUGGAAAUCGAGAAGUUGCAGUUAAUCGUCCGACGAAACCCUGACGACUACAAGACUGCGCUGAAACUCGCCAAGAAGUAUGUUGAAGCCUCGACGCGGUUGAUUGGUGAAGAAGGACGAGUCGAUCCGAAAACUCGUGCUAGAAACAAAGAUAAAUACAUCCACGAUGCGUAUAAGAUCGUGAAGAGAUUAGUCAAUGACUCCUUUCCGGACGCAAUGUUCUACAUGGCAGAUAAUUAUGGAAGUGGAGGGUUAGGUUUACAGGCUGACCCCAAAGACGCAUUUCAACUAUAUCAAUCGGCCGCCAAAGCAGGACAUGCCGAGUCUGCAUACCGAACGGCAGUUUGCUGUGAACUCGGUCAGGAGGAAGGCGGUGGCACGAAACGAGAUGCCUUGAAAGCGGUACAAUGGUACCGACGCGCAGCAGCACUUGGAAACACACCCGCCAUGUACAAAAUGGGCAUCAUUCUCUUGAAAGGGUUACUGGGUCAACAAAAAAACCCUCGUGAAGCUAUAACAUGGCUAAAACGCGCGGCUGAUGGAGCCGAUGUAGAGAAUCCGCACGCUUUGCACGAAUUAGGUCUCAUGUACGAGAGUACAGCUCCAUCGGACAUCAUCAUUCGUGAUGAAGCAUAUGCAUGUGAACUGUUCACGCAAGCCGCUGAACUAGGCUAUAAAUUCUCACAAUACCGUCUCGGCGCGGCGUAUGAGCAGGGAUUAAUGGGCUUACCAAUCGAUGCACGUAUGAGUAUUAUAUGGUACACCCGCGCCGCAGCGCAGGGUGAACAUCAAUCCGAACUUGCGCUGAGUGGAUGGUACCUCACCGGUGCUGAGGGUAUCCUCCAACAAAGCGACACUGAAGCUUACCUGUGGGCACGCAAAGCGGCAGCUGCAGGUUUAGCCAAAGCCGAGUAUGCAAUGGGAUAUUUUACCGAAGUUGGGAUUGGCGUUCCGUCGAAUUUGGAGGAUGCGCAGCGAUGGUAUUGGCGAGCUGCUUCCCAAAACUUCAAUAAAGCCCGCGAACGUCUCGAGGAACUCAAGAAAGGUAGUGGGCGUAUGCAAAAGACACGCGUGUCUCGAUCAGCUGUUGCUCAACAACAACAGCAAGGAGGUGAUUGUAUUGUUAUGUAGAUUAUAUCAUUACGUUGGACAAGUGUUUUGAAUUCAUUUAUGUCUCUCUUUGUUGUUAUUACUUUUAGUUUACUCACGAUUCCCG